AUGUCGCUACUUUUGAGAAGAUCCAUGCCUAAAGUUUCACUCGUGGCCCAGACACGAUCUAUACCGGGUCGACCUAUCCUCGCUCCGACCACAACAGCGUACCGGACCUUGCCCAAUACCCAACGAACCUCUCCCUUCACUUCAAAGGCGUCAGACCCGAACAAAAGUAUACAGACGCCCACAGACCGCCCUGGGCCUAAAACCACGGAUACAUCAACCAAGGUCAACUCCAGUGAUGGUACGUCGGGACCGGGUGACGCCGGGUUCGAGCCGGACAUGCCGACUGCGAGUCUAGAAUCUUUGGGUAUUGGGCGGAACAUGAAAGUGUUCUUAUUUGUGGUUCUGGGUGUUUUUGGGUCCAUCGAAACUUGGUUCUGGGUCAAGGCGUUCUGGAUUUGGUGGAAGAAGGAUGCCGAUGAUCUUGAGUAG